GUUUAAAAAUAUCCUUCUCGGGUACCAGAAACAGGGAAAACGACAAAAUGUCUGACAUUGAAAAGUGGAUUGAAAUAGCAAAAGAUUGCAAUUACUUACCAGAAAAUGACCUCAAACGAUUAUGUGACAUGGUAUGUGAGUUACUGCUUGAAGAAUCCAAUGUACAGCCUGUGUCAUCCCCCGUCACUGUGUGUGGUGAUAUUCAUGGACAGUUUUAUGACUUGAUAGAAUUGUUUAAAACAGGAGGCCAGGCACCUGACACUAAUUAUAUAUUUAUGGGUGAUUUUGUAGACCGAGGCUAUUACAGUUUAGAAACUUUUACAUUACUGCUCACAUUAAAGGCAAGGUGGCCAGACAAAAUGACUUUACUGAGAGGUAAUCAUGAAAGCAGACAAAUAACACAGAUAUAUGGAUUUUAUGAUGAGUGCCAGACAAAGUAUGGUAAUGCCAAUGCAUGGAGAUAUUGUUGUAAAGUAUUUGAUCUACUAACAGUUGCAGCAAUAAUAGAUGAAACAAUUUUAUGUGUACAUGGAGGAUUAUCACCAGACAUUAAAACUAUUGACCAGAUACGUACAAUAGAAAGAAAUCAAGAAAUACCACAUAAAGGGGCAUUCUGUGAUUUGGUAUGGUCUGAUCCAGAAGAUGUAGAUACAUGGUCUGUUAGUCCAAGAGGAGCAGGAUGGUUGUUUGGUGCCAAAGUUACUAAUGAGUUUGUACACAUAAAUGGUUUGAAGUUGAUAUGUAGAGCUCAUCAGUUAGUGCAUGAAGGAUAUAAGUAUAUGUUUGAUGAGAAGUUAGUAACAGUAUGGUCAGCACCUAAUUACUGCUACAGAUGUGGAAACAUUGCUGCUGUAUUAUCAUUUAAUGACGCAGAUAACAGAGAGGCCAAACUUUUCAGAGCCGUUCCUGAUUCAGAACGAGUUAUACCAGCAAAGUCAACAACACCUUACUUUUUAUAGAAUUAGUUGAUAAAGACAAAUAAUUUUAAACAGAAUAGUUGAGUGUCAAGGAAAUAAUGCCAGAUGUGUAUGAUCACAAAUGAACUUUUUAAGUCAAUGGAUGUGUAGAAUCAGAAAAUUGUAUCAAAAUAAUGAUGUACUUGGUUUGAUUUGACUAAUUAUUUAUUCUAUAUGUUUGAAACUAAUUAUAAUGGAUAAGGGCAUAAUCUAGGACAAAUUGGGAAAAAACACCUAUUUAGUUGUGGUGACUUCCUUUUUUCAUUGCAUCUGGAUUAUACUGUAAAAAAUAACACAAGUACACAUGUACAGACAUUGCAACAAAUAUGUUUCUAUUAUGAAAUUGUAGAUUAUUCUCUGUUUACUUUUGUGUAAUUUUAUUCAUGAAUAUAUUCAUCAAUACAUGGUUAUUCAUUAAUUUUAAUGAAAAUAAGUGUUUUGUACACAAUUGUCCUUCACAAUUUGUCAUCUGGGCUAUUCCAUUAAAAUGAAUGUGAUAGGGUUGUACAUCCAACUUAUCUUCUUUUGGUUUUUUUUAGUUUUGCAUACAUUACACUGAAAGCCAUAAAGGACCCAUAACCUAUGUCCAAAAAUAAACUUUUUUUUGUUCUUUCAACAUCUAUUUUAAUGGAGAAGCACUCAUUAUUUUAUUCUGGCUGAUUACAGACACUAAAGUCUGAUUCAGUUGAACCAUAAGUUGUUUGUUUUCAACUAAGAUUUGAAGCAUCAGCUAUGGAAAUAACAGAUAUGUUAUAUUUUCAUACAUAAUGUCAGCUUUAACUUAUUUUGAUGACAUUGGAAAGGGAAGCAAUUCAAUUAAAAGUCUAAAUACAAAGCUAUAAAUGUUAAACAUUGUUAAAGGGUGACUUUAUAGUUUAUAUUGAAAUAUACUUUAUACAGUGGGCUAGUCCUUAUUUGUGACAAACCAUAAAAUGUUAUAAAAUCACCCAACUGUUUAACAUCUGUUAUAAAUUAUUUUCAUGGAUUUUUUUUAAAUGUUGGUAGAAAUUUUAAGUUUGUAUUGUGUGUAUGUGUUACAAGUAACAAAAUAAAAGUAUAAUGAACUUUCACAAGUUUGCUGCAUAUUAAAUAUGAACAAUUUUAACAUUAUUUUGUAAUGUGUUUCUGAAAAACUGGAAGGGCUGAAAUUGUAUGUGUCUAACAAAGUGCAUUCUUAUUUGAAUAUAAUGACAUUUCAUCAAUAGUUAUAUACUACAAAUAUUUACAAUUUCAAUGCAUUAACUUCUUGUGCUGUGGUUGAACUCACUUUAAUAUCAAAUGAUAAAUGGACCCUUCCCAUAAAUAUUGUUGAUUUGUAUAAACUAUCCAAGUGGGGAAUAUUUUCCCAUAUUUUAUGUGAUCAAUAACUACUACAUCAUCAUUUCCAUUUAAACUGAUAAAAAUUCAACACUGUAAUUCAUUUUUAUAAUGUAAAUAAAAGUAUAAAUAUUA